CAAAAUGGCGCACUUGAGCAGUGAUCCUUCUUCAAAAGACAGGUGGAUCAUAGUGUACCCAGCUUAUUUGAAUAGCAGAAGAACAGUUCAACAAGGCAGACGUGUCCCGAAAGAUAAGGCUGCUGACAACCCCACAGUUUAUGAAAUAAGAGAUGUAUGCCAGAGUCAGGGACUCAAUUGCGAAUUAGAGAACAAAUUUUAUCCCAAGGAUAGUGCUAAAGAUGCUUUGUGCAAAGGCAGAGUGCGUGUACAACUGAAGCAAAGUGAUAACAGCUUUAUCAAUGAGAAAUUUCAAUCAAGAAAAGCCUUAUUUCUAUUUCUUGGUGAAAUGAUCCCCAAAUUGAAAAGUCGUCAAAGCAAAUCUUCACAAAGUGACAGUUCAGGUCAACAGCAAGGAGCUGGAGCAAGCUCCAAGAAGAAGAAAGGAAAGAAGGGCAAAGGAAAAUGAAAAAACACUUGCUUGUAUUUAAACAAUUAUUUUCGUCAAAGUAAUAAAAUAUGUGUCUAUGU